GCAAAUUUGUCAAUAAUCCGCAGCCCAAGAGGAUAGAAAGUUCAACAGAAGUACAUUAGGGCAAAUAUGUGGCAACCGUAUUUUCCCCGAAGCUUUUUUCUCCGAUUUUUCUUUUACUCCCAAGAAAGAAACAAUAAAAUGUAUCAACACUGGCUGUCGACUGAAACUUGCAAUCUUUCCCAGAAAACAAACGAGAAAAAAGCUUCUCUUUUUCUUGCAAUACUUGAUGGCUCAAUUCACAGCACAAGGGCGCUUGAAAUUGCUAUUUAAUGGUGGUGGAUUUCGCCUUAAGCUUCUUGGCAAUGGUUUCGUUGGUGGGUUAAGAUCAUUUCAGCUCCAAAAGGGAAAGCUCAAGUAUAUUGGUUCACGUACAAGGCUCCAUGCUUCUUCUUUUAGCAAGAAAUCCGAGCAUUUCAAUGCGGAGGCAAGUCUCAGUGCAAGGCAAGAGAGUGAGAGUGAUGAGAGUGAAGAUUAUGACAAUCAGUUUGAGACAGAUGAUUUGGCUUGCUUUAGAGGUCUGGUCUUGGAUAUCUCUUACAGGCCAGUCAAUGUUGUCUGCUGGAAGAGAGCUAUAUGUUUGGAAUUCAUGGAGAAGGCUGAUGUACUAGAAUAUUAUGAUCAAACUGUAAGUUCCCCAAGUGGAUCCUUCUACAUACCAGCUGUAUUAAGGGUUCCACAUCUGCUGCAGGUUGUUAAGAGAAGAAGGAUAAGAAGUAAUCUUAGUCGUAAGAACAUAUUAUUUUGGGACAACUAUACUUGUCAGUAUUGCUCUUCAUGUGAGAACUUGACCAUUGACCAUGUUCUACCAACUGCACAAGGAGGAGAAUGGACAUGGGAAAAUCUGGUUACUGCUUGUGCCAAAUGCAACUCAAAGAAAGGUCAGAAAACUAUAGAAGAGGCAAAUAUGAAGCUGAUUAAGGUCCCCAAGGCCCCAAAAGACUUUAACAUACUCGCCAUAACACUGACAAGUGCAGCAAUAAAGAUGCUGAAGAUGAGAAAAGGGACGCCUGAAGAGUGGCAUCAAUAUUUGGCAACACCAUCCUCAGAGCCAUGACAUCCAUCCUUUGGUAAAAGCUGUAAAUCUGGUGCUUUAUACAUAUAAUUUAUCACCUGGUUCUUCUAAAAGCACAUUAAAAUGUAUGUAUUCAAGAUGCAAUAUGACUUACAUAGAUUUUCUUAUUUGCUUUCUGAAUAGAUUAACUCAUUUUUACAUAACAUCUACCUAAUGUAUUAUCCAGGUAUCCUUGCAUUGUAUUUAAGGACUUUGUUAUGUUCCAAAAUCCAAUUUUAAGUGCAUAAGCUGAUCAAAAGUUACAAAAAGUAGAUUUCUGGA